AUGGAUAUCUCAAAAAUCACCGACACAAAGAAAGUGGAUUUAUGUAAAAAGUGAGUGUUAAUCAAAAUAUGAUUGUCAGAAAUCGGGAUUUUCAGGUAUUUUUACAUUGGAGCUUGUUGUUUACCGUUUGUUUGGCUGGCAAAUGCGUGCUGGUUUUUCUCCGAAGCAUUCCUUUUGCCAAUCACGACUCAUCGACAACAAAUUCGGCGCUAUGUUAUCGGGAGUAUUGUUGGAACCGUAUUUUGGAUUAUUGUUCUAGUUUCGUGGGAAACAUUUUUCCAGGUAAGAUCUGAUGUAAAAAAUGGGUUUGCGGAUUAUUUGGGGAAAAAUAAAUACGUACCUUUUCUUGUUUUCAAAUAGAACGUAAUGAGCUUCAAAAUUUUAAUUUAAAAAAAUACACGUAUGGAUAUAUAAAAAGUUCACGUUUGGAAAUUCUUCCUGGAAAGCCUGUAUUUUCAGCAUUAUCGGCAGCAAGGAAUCGAAUGGGCUGAUAGUUUAACAUUUGUAUAUCCAAAAGGAAGAGUUUGA